CGGAUUUCGUCCCUACUGUCAGCCGCCGUCGUUCGCUCGCGCCUUCGAAGGUCUCAUCACGCAAACUUUUGACGUUCGGAGGUCGACGAUAUCGACAUCAUAAUCCUCACUUUUCGCACGUCGUCGAAUUCGGUUCCCGGAAAGACGGCGAAGAUGACCAUGGUCGAUUGUGAUGGUGUCGACGAUCCCGUCGACCGCGCGCGUUUGUUAGGUUAUGUUUGCUUUGUUGUCACUCGAUAUAUUUUCAUAUUUGUGUGCGAGCCAAUGGAGUGUGUGUGUGUGUAUGUGUUAUUAUUCCGCUGCGCUUCUCUGCUGUAUAUUAUCGGUCGCUGCUGUUUACAUCUGUAUUUAUACGUGUUUCUGAACGUCCAGCACGAUUUUUUCAUCUCGGCUAGUCAUCUCCGCCGCUGAAAGUUUGUUUUCCGUCUGCUGUCAUCGUUGCUGUUUCGCUGUCGCAGCUACACCGCAUUACAAAAAGUGCAUUCAUACUAACUUUUUUUUAAAAAAAAAGUUGAAAUCAUGACGGACUCCAUAAAGUUUGGUCCAGAGUGGUUAAGGAACAUGUCUCAAGGUAUAUCUAAGCCACAGCUUGCUGAACAUCGUUAUGGUCGAGAAGAGAUGUUAGCCUUAUUUGAUAUCUCAUCAUGUAAUCUUCCUCCAGAAUCUCUGAAAGAAUUGUCUAUGGUGUUCAGUGAAAAGCCUCAAACUCCAUUGUCUUUACAACAAAUGUCUGAAGAAGAAACUAGACUUUGGAAUCGAGGUAUAAACAGUGACACUAUAGUCAGAGCAUCUGUACGAACAACUACUGGUAGAGGUACUGCUAAUAUCGAAGUUCGUGCUAGUAGUACUAGUGCAAGAGGAAGAGGUGGUCGUGGUGGUUAUUAUUAUAAUACUACACGACCUGGUUAUGAGGAAGGACCAGAAGGUGGAGGCUCACCAAUGAACCGAGGUCCUCAUAGACCAUUUGAGAGACUUAAUUCGAAUGAAAGAAAUAUGAAUCGAAAUGGAGAAUAUACAAAUGAUUGGAGAGGAAGAGAUGAAUCCAAUUGGUGGAGAAAAAAUAGAGGUGGUGCACAUCAAGGUCAAUCUGAAGAUUCUAAUGGUCGCUGGGGACGAACUCGUUCUGAUUCUUAUAACAAUGAUAGAUGGCCUGCUGGACGACCGACAUUAAAAUAUGAUGAAGAUGAAGGAUGGGAUCGUGGUGAAUCAAGGUGGUCUAAUAAUUCUAGUGGUCAUGAACGAAGAAAACUUGAUUGGGGAGAAAAUUUGCCUGAAUGGGCUGUUGAAAAUCCUGCUGAAAAAGGUGGAAGUUUUGAUUCAUCUGGCGCUUUUCACGAUAAUCAUUAUGAAGAAGAACACCGCUAUAAUAUGGGAAAUGAACAGUCACGAGAAGAGCAAGAUUAUGAAGAAGAGCACGAAAAUGAUACUAGUAUUAAUAAUAUAGAAAGCUCAAACAUAUCACCUGUUGAAGAAAAACAGCAACAUAAUGGACAAGAAAAAGAUGAAGUUGUAUCAUCUUCAAUAUCUACUUCACCAUCUCAAAAUGAAGAAUUAAUUACUUCACCUGAACAUUUUAAAACUAUGAGGCAACAGCACCAACAUAAAAUAAACACCCAAAAUACUAAAGAAGCAUUUAUUCAAAAUGAAAAAGUUAUGAUAAAUCAUCCUGAACCAGUUAGAAUUCAACAAGCUCCAGAUAUUCCAGUUAUACACAGCAAAAGUAGUCCAGCAAUUUCACUUAUGUCUGAUUGCCAACCAAAUAAAAUAGAAAAUAUUCAAAACUUAAGAGAGAUACCUGGUGUAGAAAGUCAUAUUGACAAUUCUAAUAUUAAUCCCAUUCAUCGAUCUACAAGUUUAAAUGCCAAUGCUAAUCAUCGAAUCGAUACAAUGGAUGCUGAGGCAGAAUCCAUGGUAUCUAGAUUAACCAGUGAUAAUUUUAAAAUUGGACCAUCGUCGCAUCCUCCACUUGCACCUCUUACUAAUAAUAAAUGGUAUUAUAGAGAUCCACAAGGCGAAGUUCAAGGUCCUUUCUUGACUACUGAAAUGGCAGAAUGGUAUAGUCUGGGCUAUUUUCAUGAUAACAUGUUGAUGGUGAAAAGAGCUGGCGAUGAACACUUUUAUUCCUUAGGUGAUCUUGUGCGAUUAAAAGGAAAUGUACCAUUUUCUGACACUCCGUUUUCGGAACAAGAUGUUAAAAUUAGUGCUCGUAUAGGAAUACAGCCACCUCCUCCUCCUCCUCCACAUAACCCUUUCACUAUGAAUGAAUCAUUAGUUCUGCAACAGCAUCAACAACACUAUCAAUAUAGACAAUUAUUUAUAAAGCAAAGAGAAAUAGCUAUACAAAGUGCAGUUCAUCAACUAUCACAAUCUGAAAGGUGGAGUACUCUGUCACCUAUUGAACAACAACAGUUGAUAAUGCAUCAUAUUCGGAAUGUUGAAGCAAAUACAACAAUUCCUCCAAUGUAUACAACUCCCAUUCUUCCUCAACCACAGCCUCAACCAAACUUACACCCUAUGAAUCCUUCAAAUAAUAAUUUAAUGGUUAUGUUAUCUCAUAUGCAACAGCAGCAGCAGCAGCAACAGCAACAACAACAACAACAACAACAUUUUAAUCAUCAAAUUGAUCCAAAACAUAAUAUUCAUGCUGUGCCACCUUCUCAGCCAAUGGCCCAACAACUGGAUCCAUUACAUUCUUUAGUACAAAGUAUGGGGGGUUUAAAAACAUCUACAUCACCACCAGCAAAUGUUCCUCAUCACCAUCAAAGUUCCAAUGUUAUUCGACCAAAUAGUGUUCAGCCAGAAAACAAUCCUAUAUCAGAUUUAUUAAGGCAAUUAGGAGCACCUCAAGAUAAACCUCUUAAAGUAGAAAACAGUGUAUGGGGUAUGGAUUUCCCAGGUCCAGACAAACCUAAAAUCAAUGGUCUUAUUGGAAUGAGUGGCUGGCAAACUGGUCCCCCAGUUGAUCCUACUCAACAAAUACCAGGUGUUUUAUGGGGUUCAGCAGAGUAUACUAAAAUUAUUGGAGCUGACCAUAAAGCAAUUGAAGAAACAAUUAAAGAAGAAGCAAGACGAAGUCAAGAAGCUAGAAAACAAGAAAUAAAACAAAAUGAACAGUUAAGAAAAAGAGAGGCUGAGAAAGCCAGGAUGCAAAAAGAGUUAAAAAAAAAGCAAGAAUUGGAAAAAGCUAAUAAAUUAGAAGAAGAAAAAAAGAAGGAGGAAGCUCUUAGGUUAAAAGAGCACGAAAAAAAGCUAAAAGAAGAUGCAGAAAAAAAAAGAAUUGAAAAGAAGAAGUUAGAAGAAGAACAAGCAAAAAAACGUGAGCAUGAUAAAAAAGUUAAAGAGGAGAAAGAAAAAAGACUGUUAGAAGAAAAACGACUACAAGAAGAAGAAAAGAAAAGAAAAGCUGAUUUGAAAAAAAAAGAAGAGCUAAAGAAAAAGGAGGAACAAAAAAAGAAAGAAGAAUUAAAACGAAAAGAAGAUGCUAAAAAAAAUGAUCAGAAAAAAAAAGAUGAUGAUCAAAAGAAAAAACAAGAUAACUCCAAGUCAAGUGCUGUUCCCAUAGUCACUGAGCCACAAAAGAAAAAGAAAAAAGAACCUCUAACAGUGGCACAUAAUGGUGUUGAAGGUGCAUCAGCACCUUGGGCAGCAGCAGAUCAAAAAAAACAAAUGCAAGUUAAGUCAAUGGCUGAGAUUCAAGCAGAAGAACAAAAACGUGAACAGUUAAUUAAACAAAAAGAACGUGAACGCACCGAAAGAGAGAUAUCCAUGGUAGCAAUUGAACAGGCAAAACAAGAAAAAGCAAGAUCAGCUGUCAGAAUGCAAUCAUGGUCAACUGUUAUUGCUAAAAAUGUUCCUCAGUCUACUCUUGUUGCUACUAAUUCAGUUUGGGGAUCAACCAAUCAAAUCAGUAAUGAUAAACAACAGCCUCAGAAAUCUAAUAAAACACCGGCUGUUGUAGUCGGUAACAAAAAUGUAAAAAAUGUGGCAAAAACUGUCAAUCAAACAUUACAGCAAACUAAUGCUAUGAAGAAAGUUAUUGAAAGUAGAGGUGAAAACAAUAAUUGCAAUGAUGAAUUUAGCCAAUGGUGUUGUAAACAUUUAGCAACUCUUAAUAAAAAUACCAUUGACAUACCUACUUUUGUGACAUUUUUGAAAGAUGUAGAAUCUGAGUUUGAAGUAAAGGAUUACAUUCAGAAUUACCUGGGUGAUAAUAAAGAAGUGCGAGAGUUCAUCAAACAAUUCUUUGACAAACGUCUGAAAAUACAAAAUAAACAGAGGAGUUCUGAUUUUGUUGAAAUGAAAAGUAAAAACAAAAAACGAAAUAAAAUGGUACCAUUAGAUAAUAAAGUUCUUGGUUUCAAUGUCGUUGGCUCUGAACGUAUCAAUGUUGGUGAACUUGAUCUUGGCGAAUAAGAGUGAACUCUUAAACAAUAGCAAAUCAGAAUGUCAUUUUAUGUCAUCUGUGUUUUUUGGAACGAUUUAGGCCUUGAAAGUUUAAAGAAACAAUCUUUAUUUGAGUAUUACAUAUAUCCAUGUUUCUUGUUGAAUUUUUUUUUUUUUUGAUAAAUAUAUAUAUUUAAAUUAA